UUAUCUGUUUCUGCAGCUUCAGAAGAGCUGACAAUUGCUGGUAUGACUUUCACUACCUUUGAUCUAGGUGGACAUGCCCAAGCUCGCAGAGUUUGGAAAAACUAUCUGCCUGCCAUUAAUGGCAUUGUCUUUCUGGUGGAUUGUGCGGAUCAUGAAAGGUUGGCUGAAUCUAAGCAAGAACUUGAUGCACUAAUGACAGAUGAAACUAUUGCUAAUGUGCCUAUUCUAAUUUUUGGUAACAAGAUUGACAGACCAGAAGCCAUCAGUGAAGAAAGAUUGCGAGAGAUUUUUGGCCUGUAUGGCCAGACAACAGGAAAGGGAAAUGUCCCAGUGAAAGAAUUGAACACCCGGCCUUUGGAAGUCUUCAUGUGCAGUGUAUUAAAGAGGCAAGGCUAUGGUGAAGGAUUUCGUUGGAUGGCACAAUAUAUUGAUUAAUGCCAAAAUCACAUUGUACAUACUAUCCAAAUUUCUUCAUUAUUUGAUCACUCAGUGUACAUAACUUGAACUCAAUAGACUUUGGUUACAAAAGCGUAUUUUUUUUAUUAUUAUUGUAUCAAUUGUGUUAAAUUUUAAGUGUAAAGACUGAUACAGAUUUUAAGCAAGUUUGUCAGUUUGGAUCUUGUAACACUAGUCUGUAGUCCUAUAAAACCACUUUCUUUUGAGAUUUAUAGCUUGUCUGUUGUCUGAUCUCCCCACCCCACUUUCUUCCUUCUGCUACUUCCCAGCACAUUAUGUUUUUGAAUGCACUUUUUAACAGCUUAGCCCUACAGAUUGUUGGUCAUAUUUAAUGCUCAUCAUGUUAAAUUUUUAUGUACUUUUUCAAAACUGGUUUUAUAAAUGUAGAGUGUAUAACCGCCUCUCAAAGAAUAGUAAUGAAUCAGCUUAUGGAUAAUUGCAUGAUGCCUUACAGUUUUCAAUAAUAUACUUUCUUAUGCAACGUCAUGCAAUAAAACUAAAUCCCGUUUCUUGGCAUCUUUAAUGGGAAAUGUUUCAUUUUAAUGUGUCUUAACCUAGUAAAGAUGUUUCAAGAAGUGAAUAUGUGAGGUAGUUUUCUGAAAUGCAGCAUAAUUUCAGUGCACUGUAGACUUUUUAAAUUAUUUACCUGACUACCUGUAUGCUAAGAAUGAAUCAAAUUAAUGUUAGCCAUGCUUUCUGAUAAUUGCCAUUCACUCACAGUUCAUAUUGUACAGCAAGAGGUACCAUGCCCUUGCUGUGUAGCCUACUGGUGAAGGCCUGAUGCAGUACUUUGGAGAAUGAUGAGAUCAGGGGAAAGCUUUGCAUACGCUGCUACAGGGGCUGGGGUAGGUGUAGCCCUUCAGAUCAUGUGGACUGAAACUCCCAUCAGCCCUAGCCAGCAUGGACCACAAGGAGCAAUGAUGGGGCUUGCUAUCUAACAACAGUCAGGGGCUGCACAUCCCCCCAGCCCAACUUCAUUUGUACGUGAACAGUGGCUUUUUCAUACGCUGGGAUUUCUCAGGUAGAAGAGAGGGGCAACGCAUAUAAUUGCCAUAAUGCCGGCUGCAGUUUGCCCCAUGCAGAGGAGGCUUGUAUGUGUUCACUACCGAGAAUCUACAGUUAGAGACCUGGCUUCCGUGUGGAUCGUGUGUCUAGGUUCGGUCUUUUUGUUUAUAUGGAUUGCUCUGAGAGCUUGCCACCCCUCUUGGUGGUUGUGCUUUCUCUCCGCAGUAGCAAAAUGGUGCAUAGUAACCAUCAGUAGCUGCCCUCCAAGAGUUAUGUAGACAAUUCCUAAUUUCCUUUGGCGGGCCGCACUUAUGAUACUUCCUUUGCGGGCUAGUCGUAAAAAGGAGCUCUGCACUUGCUUUGUCCAAGAGUUCUCAAACAGCUGUGCCAUGAGGUACUACACUGAGAUUUUAAAACCAUUUUAGGAAAUAAAAUCUCUUGGCUCUGCCAAGGUGCUUGAUAUAUUGAUUUCAAAAGAAGGUAUUGCUAUCCUCUUUGAAAACCAGGCUUUGCUUGAGCCUCCUUUCUUUGAGUUCUGAGCAGUGUCUUCUACACAGACAACCACUGAGAUUCAUGUUCAAAGUUAACACUUGGCACACUGAGGUGAGGUCCAGUGUAGGAUAUGUCAACAUUGCUUCUAGCCAACAACGCCAUGUAAUGCCUUGAAUGUACUUAAGAGGUGAGGUAUGGUUUGGGUUUGCGAUAUGGGGUGAUGAUGAUGAUGAUGUCAAAAUGUCUGAGUAUAGCUUUUCUAUGUACGUGCAUCCAUAUUUCUUCAGAAGGAGAAUAGUAAUGAAAAGGGUUGGCAUAUUUCUCUGUGACAGCCGCUACCAGCUUUUGAGUCUUCAGCUAACACUUUAUACUACAAAAGUAAAACAUUUAAAAAUGUGUUCAUCUGUGUGCCUUCCCUUAGGUAAACCAAUGAACUGCAGCUUUGUGAGUGAGCUAAUUUAGGUUUUCCUCCCAACUUCAACACAAGGUUUGAAUUUCUGCAGUUCCUGGGAAGGGACAGUAAUGCCAUUUAAACUACUUUCCUUUAUACUGCCCAUAAUUUUCAUUCUGCAUACUGAAUUUGAGCUUGUUCAGUAGCCUUGAUCAAAGUGAGUGUUCCGGUUUCCUUUAUAUGCAAAGAAGAGCUGCAAUUCAUUCCACAUGUUUUCAGAACUUGGGACUCUUUCUUUUUUCAAACUGCUUCAAAAAGCAAAAUGCUGAAACCAAGUAAGGACUGAUGUAGGGUUUCUCUGGGAAAACAGGUACCUGCAGGUACGCUGCUGUUGCAGAAAAACUGGAAAUAAGUGUUUUCUCAAAUUUCCUUUACUUGAUUUGCCAUUUUAAAUUUAACACCACCAGGUUUGUGAAGCAGAGGUACAGCAGUCCUCUCAUUAGUAAGACGUACAUUACUGACCUCAGAGUUGCAGUAUUAUGCACAUAAGGUUAAUUUUGGGAUUUGAAUGUGUCUGAAUAGUGCAUUAUUUUUUCUGAAUUUCCUGACUUCAUAGGAAGCCUUUUCCUAAGUCAAAGCCUAAUAUCCAUCCAGUCUCUCUUAGAUGCAUUGGAGGAGUGAGGAAGGGGCACUUACCACCAGGGUUUGAAUCGCUGCUAUAGCUUAGAGAAUCUGGCAGCUUUUUCAUCUUCCAAUUUAUUGUCCAACAGAGAGAGGUCCUGUUUUUCAAACAUUUUCAGUGAUUAUCCUUGCUGUUUGGAUCAGCGUAAAUAUUUCACAUCAUUUUCUAUCCCGCUGGACUACAUACCCCAGCAAUUUGUCUUCACCUUCAGGAACCAAGCAACAGUGGCCAUCCAGGUGUUGGGAUGGAUGAACUCCAGUUCCCAUCAACCCAGCCACCAUGACCACUGGCCAAGGAUGAUGGGUGCUGUUGUUCAAGCACAUCUGGAGGAUGACAGGCUCCUCCACCAUCAUAAACACACUUCUGCUGCUGCCUGAGCCUUGAAUAAGCCUUCAGAUUUAAGUGGACAACUGCCACUUGAGAUUUCAGGCAUUCGCAAGCGCAUACAACUGGUCAAAGUUGCCAGAUCCUAACCCAGAAUGUUUUCCCACAAUCUUAAAAAUCCAAGUUCAAAGAGGACAGACUUGUCACUUCACAGCAGAUGGAAGAUGUGCCCUGCCAGAUACAUUGUUAAUACACAGGAACACCCUACAAAACUAAGUAUCUGCAGAAAGCAUGGUGGAGAGGCAACAUGCUUUACGAAUCAAAGCAAUCAUGUUUUCAUUUACAGAAGCAUUCUGCAGUACAGCCUUCCCAGCUGGGUGCCCUCCAGCUGUGUUUUAGUACACAUUGCCACGGUGGCCGGAGAUGGAGAUGUUAGAUUACCACAUCUGGAAGGCAGUAAGUUGAGGAAGCCUGUUGUAGUAUUUUGGAAAUAAACCCAUACUGUGCUCCACACAAGGGAAGAUUUCCUGUACGGAUUUCUUCUUGUGUUGGAAGCUACAUGGUGCAUUUUAUUGCAUGGGUGUGAUGGUAAGUGGCAAAUUUACCCAGAAUUCAUGCAAUUUCCUAUUCAGCAAUUGCUCCUGUACAAGAAGGAUAUGUUGCAACCCUAAAUUUUUACUGUGAUCAGGGAAUGCAUAUUAUGAUCUUUUUCUUUCUCUUAGCCUUUUCAGUAUUUAGUCUUCUCUGUCAGGGUAAUUUACCAGUAUUAAUAAGCAGAAAAAUAAGAUGCAAAAGUACAGAAUUACUUUUAUAUGGCUUAGGUGGGAAUGUAUAUGUGGUAUGAAGGCUCCCCUUUUCUCUUUUGCUUCUUCCAGCAUGUAACGAUUUUUGUUGAUUUUAACAAGUUAUGCAUUAAAUUUUAGGAAGUGGUCAUUCAUUUUCUGUGUGCGAAGGUGGUGGGGAUGUGAGUGUGUGGCAGGGCUUCACACUUUGUUUCCCCCACUCUGUCGGGUGGCUUGCUUCAUAACAUUCAUUUCAAAGAACCUUAACUACAGCUUGUGUGCUGAAAAAAUAAAAUUCGUUAAUAAGUUCA